AUGUCUGAACUAGUUUCUUUAUGCUUGCUUAAGAUUGAAUUAGUAGCCGACGAAAGCACCAACCAUUCGACAGAUAUGUUGGAAUCGACGGAAUCCGCGCCUGCCACCGAUGACGCAGCUACUGGCGGAAGCGUAGUUGGCGAUGAAGUAGCUGGUGCGGUGUCGAACGAGCAUCCAAACAACCCAAAUCUACAGCGCGAGAUGCGAGGCCAACGGAAAGCAAAAAAAAUUAUCAUCGAAAGCUACCGAAAUCGGCUGUUAGAAGCAGAGCCAACGUCAGCCGACGAGUAUCGUGGCAUCUUGCCCAAAAGCUCGCGCGAACAGACUCCGAUGGAUGAGAUGCCGCCACCAGGAGCUACGGAGAAUCUGGGAGAAAUAAAAUUCUUUUCCGGCAAUCCAUUCGUUGAAGUUACGAAAGGCAUCUUACAUUUGUUCAAAAAGAACGAACGAACGGACAUUUCCGAAGAAGGCGUUUCGAAUACGCUAUGUCUUAUUGCCGUGCCGUCUUCAUUGAACUGCCAUGACAUUCUUAACUUUAUCGCGCCUUGCCAGAAGGAAAUCCAACAUGUCCGUAUAUUGCGCGAUAGUUCACCCAAUCAGUUCAUGGUGCUGCUUGAAUUUCGCUGCAUCAAAGAGACGAUCGAAUUUUAUAAAACAUUCAACGGUGCACCAUAUAAUAGCCUCGAACCAGAUACGCUCUGCCACGCCGUUUGGGUGUCCAGCGUUGAAUGGGGCCAUGAUUGCUGCGUGACUCCGCAAGGACAUACAGAGUUGCCGGCUUGUCCUGUGUGUCUGGAGCGAAUGGAUGAGAGUGUGGACGGCGUGCUAACGAUCCUGUGUAAUCACGUAUUUCAUGCAGGAUGCUUGAACAAAUGGAGCGAUUCGACGUGCCCCGUGUGUCGUUACGUGCAGACGCCGGAACUCUCCGAACAAUCCAUCUGCAUGGAGUGUGAAGGAACUGAAGCACUUUGGAUUUGUCUCAUUUGCGGCCACAUUGGAUGUGAUCGGUAUCAGGGAGGUCAUGCGGUGUCCCACUAUCGAACAACCAACCAUGCUUACGCCAUGCAACUCGGCACGAACAGAGUGUGGGACUAUGCAGGUGAUAAUUUCGUACACCGGUUGCUCCAAAGCAAAUCCGACGGGAAGCUUGUGGCGACGCAAUCACCAGGUGGAGACAACGGAGAGGAAAAAAUUGACUCUAUGCAGCUGGAGUUUACGUAUUUACUUGCAAAAAGACUCAAUGAACAGCGAGAAUACUUCGAGAAGCGUCUUUCACGUCAAGAGUCGAUUAUUGACGGAGAGCGGCAGAAACUACAGGAUGACUUUGAGCAAGUCAAACAGAAAACCGCAACAUUGGAGGUGAAAAUGCACGCACUUACGAAAGAGAAAAACGGUUUUGAAAAGAAAAUUGUGCAACUAACUUCGAAAUUAAGCACGGUCCUGAGCGAGCUAGCUGAAGAGAAACAAUUCGGUAAAACAUUACAAUCCAACCAAAUUACCUGGCAAAUGAAAAACGCCGCAUUGGAAAAGCAAUGUGCGGAAAAAGAGCAAGAAAUAGUAGAAUUAAAAGAGCAGGUACGUGACUUAAUGUUUUACAUGGAAGCGCAGAAUACAAUCGCCGGAUCGGAGCUUAAGAACGAGCUGGUCGAUGGGACGGUUGUACUUCCAGUAGAUGCUGUUGCUGCCGGUUCAUCCGCAUCAUCAAGUGGUAUGCUUUCCGCUGGCACGGCCAUUGGAAAAGGAGGGGCAAAGCGCCGCCAGCGAAGGAAGUAGAAUCUACUUAUGGUACAUUGUACGGGAGUAAGACAACAAAAUAUCUUCAUCUAUUACUAGCAGCGCACAGUUUUAGAUCAACAUUUCUCGAUACACCUAGAUUUAAAUGCUAAAAUUUUGAUAUUGUGAUAGAUUUUCUUCGUGUUUUCUUUAUUUUCUUUGCCAAGUUAUACAAAUAAAGUAACGCAAAGACUUGUGAUGAAAGCGCAGGAUAUUAGCUUUCAAUGUUAAA